GAGGUCAGUGCAUUGUGUUUCUUCUCUGUAUGUAUCCUCUGUCACAUGCAGAGCAUGCUGCCUAUUACCCUAUCACAGGCGGGUCUGAGGAGGAGUCAGUUCCUGAUCUUUUCACUCUUAUUUUAAAUCUCGCAUUGUUGAAACAUCACUUCAAGAUGUGGCACUUCUAUUUGAGGAGGAUCCCCUCCCUGCUCUGUGCAUCCCUCAUCGCCUUCUGUGUAGCUGGGACUGGGGCCGCCGCCGGCACCGUGACCGGAGCUCGGGGACACUCGGUCUCCUUACCUGCUGGGAUCACAGUCGCACCGGACAUUGCCAGGAUUGAGUGGAGCCGGACAUCACCCAGAACCAAGAUAACGACGUACUCGGCUGAGAAUAUUGAAUACUAUACCACCAAUUACAAGGGACGGGUAACUCUUCACCGCGGGAACUUCAGUCUGGAAAUCCGUGAUCUACGGAGAGACGACGCUGGUGAUUACCAGGUGGAUGUUGUUACAAGUUCAGGAAGUGAAACUCAGGCAAGAGUUCGACUGGAGGUGUACGAGCCCGUGGCAGGAACACAGAUUAAGGUUCAGAACACCACCGGGAUUUGCAACCUGACCUGCUCCGUGACCUCUGGCGACCUCACCAGCUUCAGGUGGUGGAGGGGACAAGAACCUCUGGGAAACGACAGCACCCAUCACCCCCGGCGACACGGAGAGACGAUAGAGGUUCAUCACACAGCAGAGGUCAGGGACGUUGUGUACAAGUGUGAGGCCAGCAACCUGGUCAGUGAGGGCACGGCACAGAUCCUGCUGCCGGAUGUCUGCAAACAGGCUCCACCUGGACGAAGGAGAUUAACAUGGAAUAAAAUUAUUAUUAUUUCGGUUGUUGCGGCUUGUGUAGCUGUUUGCAUCAUUUUUCUGGUCUGUUUCAUCGUAAGGAGAAGAACAGGAGGUCAAAACGCUCUAGUCACUGGAGACCCAUCAAACACGGAGACUAUCUAUGCACAACCCCAGCCAUCACAGAGACAUCCAGCCAACAGGCAGCCUCUGGAGGAGAACGAGAUGCAGGCUCAGAACAAGGAGAGGCUGGAGAUUCCUUCGACCAUAUAUGACACAGUGAAAUCUCCUAUGACGCCAGUUCCUGGACCAGCCAAAAGAGGAGGGCACAGAAACCCCAGGGAGAGCAUGAUCCAAGAGUAUGAAACAGUGAAUUAUUCUGGGAUCCCACACUUUGCCUCAAUCAAGGGCAGAGGGCGAGCUCAUGGAAAAUCCCACCCUUUAUAGGUCAGGAGUUGACCAUACUCCACCCUGGAUCCAAGGGCAUGUACUUAUCUCUGGACAGAUGUUCCUGUGGUGUUGGGAUGGAGAGGAUCCCACUAAUCUCAACCCAUCGGCAGCAGUGGGUGUGGAUAGGUGGGAGAGCUACAGUAGUACGGGUGGAGGUGGGAUGGGUGGGGAGGGUAAGGGUAGGAUCUUGGGGUUCCAUGACACACAGUUGGGAAAAGUGAUCACCUGUGGUUAGUGUGUGUGCACAACUGUGGGACUGGACCAGGCUAAACUGUUAAAGAAUUGUGAAAAGAUCCUUGUCCCCCAUGACUGGAAUCCGGGAUCAUUCUAAAUGGGAACAAUGCAAUGUCAGAACAAUUA